GUGACGCCACUACGCAAACUGAAUCUUGAAUACGGCGCAAACCUUUCUCAUUGAUUUGAACGCGUACCAUAUGCUACCGUAAGGCACAGGAGCCAUGUUGGUUCACCGUUUUGGUCUUGGUUUAAUGUUUGCGCAUAUCGUUUACUUAUCGGCAAUUCCUAUUCUCCUUGACGACAAAAAGAAAACUUCUAGUCUUGUCGAUGGCUCGGUUGGUCUCGAGCCCUGGGAAGUAAAUCAAGAAGUGAUUGGCCGUAAAGGUAAUAAGGCUUUUUUUGACGGAUGGACUCUAUACCAGGGAGAUAUCGUUUUAGACUGGAAAACGCGCCUUAUUAUCCAAGGAGGACAUAUCCGAAGGAGACGAGCUGUUAAAAAAUCACAGACAUCGCGAUGGCCAAACGGAGUGAUACCUUAUGUUGUAGACAGAAACUUAGCCUCGAAAACCAAGAGGGAAAUUAAAAAAGCUCUAAAGCAUUGGAGAAGAAGGACGUGCCUGCAUUUCCGCCAUAAGCGAGACGGCGAUGUCGAUUAUAUUCGCUUUGUUUAUGAAGGAGGAUGCUGGUCGUACGUGGGCCGGGCAGGAGGGGAACAGAAAGUUUCAGUAGGUUCUGGUUGUGAAUUCAUGGGAACCAUCAUCCACGAAAUUGGUCAUGCUGUAGGUUUGUGGCACGAGCAGAGCAGGCAAGACCGUGAUCACUACAUCAGGAUAUUCAAGGAAAAUAUUCAGCCAGACAUGUUUGACCAGUUUAAUAAGAUGCCAAGGAAGGUAAUGGAUUCUAUGGGUUACGAAUAUGACUAUUUCUCCAUCAUGCAUUAUGGAACAAAGUUUUUCAGUAAAAACGGAAAAGCAACCAUUAGAAUUCGGAAAAAGGGAAGGAGGAUUGGGGCCCAGAUCGGACAACGUAGGAGUCUAUCGUGGAUUGAUGUCGCACAAGUUCAUGCCAUGUACAAUUGCAAUAAAUUACCAUCAACGGAAUCGAAAACGUGCUUCAAUAGUACAUCGGGAGAUGGAAGAGAAUACCGAGGACAGCUUAACUACACUGAGAAAGGCGUCAUGUGCCAGCCAUGGAAUGAAAGAUGGCCGCAUGAUCCCGAAGAGAGGAAAAUUCGAAACCAAAAUAGAGAGGGACUGGGUAAACACAAUUAUUGUCGUAAUCCUCGUGGUAAACGCGCGCGGCCAUGGUGCUACACGACACUUAAAAGGCCUGUAUGGCAGUACUGUGACAUUGUGAUAUGUAAUCGAACAAUUAAAAAGCACAGAGAGGACACUUGAAGUAAAAGCCGCGAACGCUUGAGAUGGUGAAUGGUGCGCGAGCGUUUUUGUAGCAUCUAGUAUCUGCGUGGAUCGCUCAGCUUGAGCCCUAUGCUAAUGGUUCCGCCUGACCUAACAUGGAAUCCUCAUUCGCGUGCGACAAAAAACUGAAUGAGGACAAAUUACACGUCGCAAGAAUUAAUCAAUGUCUUUGGAAAGGCACUGAAUCCAGUCAUCGAGUGGAGCUUUGAGAUCUAACUGACUUGUACAGAAAAUAGGGAUAGCUCUCUUUAAUUUCAAUGAAGACAAUUUUAUAGACCUUCAAGAGACAAAGUAUAUUCAACAUCGGUGAUGAAAGGCAAUUAAUUUUUAUACAGGAAACCCAGGGCGUCAAAAAAACACCGAAAACGCAUGUGCUUGGAGAGCUGCGGUUUGAACGUGUAAAUAACCCGUGAUCCCAUCGACCUUGGCCUCAUGCCGGCGAAUUAAAAAUGAAGAACAUCGCAGCAUUUUCCGGGUAUUUUAAUGGCCCUCUAAAUAUUUCCAUGACUUAAAAUAUUGAGGCGACACUUAUGUUUUCGUGAUCAUGGCUUGUUACACUAUGUUAUCAUUUGUCCUGGCGAAACGUUCAACUUGGAUUUCCAUAUCAAUCGGGGUUUAACGUAGGCGAUGUAGUAAAAUUAGGCCAAAACCUUCAAUUUUAAGUAUCUAACGAUGAGCAUGCAAACCAAAGUUAUUCUUGGCAACAAGUUCUAUUCACACCACUUUAUCCUGUGGUUUUGACAACUGCCUCCCGGCUAGGUCCACCAACUCGAUAUAAGCUUUUGUUUAAGGGAUUUACAAUAUUUUUGGCCAACUUGUAAAUUUUGUGGCGGUAUGUAAUCAAGGGUUUUGUUACGACAAUUCAAGGAAGUUUCCAGGCGAGGCGUAGGAUAUCCAACAUCACGUACGACCCUUCACUUGGUGAUAGUCGCCCGUGUGUUGAAAUCAGAGUGGGUUUUGCUUUGUAAGCAUUCCUGUAAUCAUUGCCAAUUAUUAUGACGCGUUUCACCCACGCCUGAGUCUUUGUCUUAACCGGAACAGACUCGAAAUCUUCUGUAUGUAUACUGUAAAGACAACUUUAAAUUAUUGAAUGUUCACUUUUAUUAUACAAAAUUUUUGGCUCUCACUCCCGGGUUUUAAUGUGAAUUUGAAAGAGAAAUCUAGUGUGACCCCUUUUUUUUUCGUUGUGCACUUGAGUUAAAGAAAACAACGCACUUUGAUAACAAGAACCUUUCUUUGUCUUAAUAGUUGUUUCCACAUGUUAAGAAUAAUAAUUUCGUUUUUUCUUUUAUUAUUGUCGUCAAGGCAGUUUCAACCGUCUAUUGAUUUCAUACUAAACUUGGUAACUUAUAAACUGACAUCCUCUCUGAGUUGAAAUGUCAAUAUGUAAAUGUUGCUAAGAAAGUUAAUGGGAAGAGUAAAAAUAAUACCGCGUUAAUCACGGAAUGGAUAUUUAUGAGCCAAAAAUCGUAAUUCCAUUCAACCCAGUAUUAGUAUCCAAAAUUUAUCAUUCUCGAACGAUAGGUUAUAAGAAAGACAAAUAGUUUAGUUUAUUGUAUGGAUAUAGGCAUGGAAAGAAUGAGAUGUCGUGUUAAAAUAAUAUAUGUUUAAUUUCAUUAACUCACUCAUGGUUAAAGGAAUAAAAUGAUGUACAAUAUUGAA